CUCACGGGGAUUAUCCACAGAAUCGAAUCAUAAGUGGAUUGUCAUCACGAAACAUGGCUCAUCCAGUCCGUCCGUUCUAUCCCCCUAUGCACCUGAUCCGGAACGAGACAUAUUAUCAAGCCCACCAGCGAUACUGUUCACCCGUUCCCGCAGAAGAGUACGUCACCCCGUCAGAUUUCGGCGAGUUGCAGACCUAUAAGUUUGACAGUCCCUAUCCCGGUGACCACGACGUACACUUUACCUAUUGCCUCAUCCCAGGCCAGGACACGAAAUGGAAAGGCGUCUUCGAUCGGGUGCGCGGGUUGUUGACCGCCGGAAGCCCUUGCUCCACCGUCUUGUAUUUCCCCAACAAUUGUCGAAGCCCAUGUGAGCCGACCGACGAGGACGGCAGCUUUGAUUUGCCAGCGAAAGAGCUGGCAAGUCGGGUCCGGCCCAUGAGGGAGAUCGGAAUAAUGGCUUCGGGCCGCCGCCACAUCUUCCACUGUCUUUCGUACGGGGGUGCGGUGGGCCUACAUCGACAUUGGCGGACGAGCUACCCUCUUUUCGCUUGAUUUUGGACAGUACCCCGAAAGACGGCGAGGUGUUCCUCUCAAUAAUCGCCGAAUUCCAACAGAGUGGGUAUCUGAAAUGCGCCCAAUGGGCGCCGGCACCGUUGCUCGCCGUCGUGAGUCGAAUCUUGAAUUGGCCGAUGCUAGCGACCUGGCCCCUGUUCGACGACUAUAUCGCCUAUUUCAAACAGCGGAAGGAAGACUUGCGGCGGGCCGAUCGGCACUUGCACGAGCUUCUGGCACGAUCGAACUCUCCUGUGCCGACGCUCUUCAUCAGGUCAACAGAGGCAACCUUUCAACCCCGCCUCUAAGCCAGGUUUCGACCACGCUGAUUGCUUUCGCAGGAUGCCGUGGUCACGGAGGCACACCUGUUGCCGAUAGAAGGGCCAUACGCAAGAUCUUUGGAGAAACUAGUGGUGGUGAAGGCCGUCGUGGGACACUCCGCUUUAGGGUAUUUCAAGGAAGGCGUCGAAUUAAUCCUGCAAUGUGGGAGCACAGACUGGUCAUGCUUUCGGGCAAAAUACAACGACCGGACAAUCCAGGUCCAACGAUCUCAACGUGGAAAUAGGGAGAAAGGGGGCCGAUGAUAGUCAUCUCUUGAGUUUACCCUCCGAUACGGGGCCUAUGUUCGACACCAUUGUAGAUGUGCUUAUCGGACUUUAUAUACUCCGUAAUGAGGUUACUCUUGAUCGGGGUUUCGAUGACUUGGUUCCAAC